AUUUUUUUUUUACCUUGAGUAAUUGUUUUUUUCCGGUGAAAAAAAAAAUAGAAAUAAAACAUUUAUCUUUUUUGGCGUUGUAGUCGAAACCUAGAGAGAGAGAUGAGAUUUUUGCAAAUCGUCCUUUUGGGCGUUUUGGUGUGCGCCAUUGUUUCUGCUAAGAAGCAUAAACACCACAAAGCUCAUGCAAAAUCAGGUGGCCUUUCUUCAGAAAUUAAAGUGAAGAAAAUCGGAGAAAAAGCCCCAAAGAACGCAAAAGCAGCUAAUUCAAACAAAGGAGACAGCCAAUUCGAACCUCCACCUCCGCCACCCCCUCCACCACCCCCAGGCUUUCCACCUCCACCUCCACCCCCACCACCAGUACCAGCACCAGGCUGGACUAAACUUCCCGGCCCACCACCUCCCGCACCGCCGCCAUGCGACGGGGGAGUAUGGAACGACGCAGAGAAAAUCUGGGAUUGUCCACCACCAGCGGAAGCCCCACCACCACCAGCAGAGGUUCCACCACCGCCACCACCAGAGUAUCCACCACCACCUCCACCAGAGGUCCCACCACCUCCUCCACCACCACCUCCUCCACCACCAGAGCUUCCACCACCACCACCGCCAGCAAAAGCUGACGAAGAUGAUGAUGGCUCCGCUGAACAAUUAGACGGAGAAGACGGUGAAGAUGGCGAAGAAGAAGUGAAGGAGGUUAAAGAGGAAAAGAAAGUAAAAAAGCAUAAAAAAGUGCAAAAGAAGUCUCAUAAAAAAGGAACUGUACUAACGCAUACGGUCAACAAAAUCUCUCAAACUCCAAACGCUCCUUCUAUUCAACAUGCUAAAUCUCAUACUAAGUCUAAAAGCCACUUGAAACAAAAUGGCGAAAGAAAACGACGAAGCUUGCUGUCCAUUCUGUUGGAUGAGUAUAAUAAGGAAGGUGAUGAUGAUGACGAUGAAGAAGAGGAUGGUGAACCAGAGGUCACUAAGCAAGUACAGAUAAAGCAAGGUAAAGCUAAACAUACCAAGAAUGAUGAUGAUGACGAUGAAGAAGAAGAAGCUGCAAAAGCUGCGCCAGCAGAGAAGGCAAAGCAUGGGAAAAAACCAGCUUCCAUUGAUGGUGAAGAAGAUGAACAGCCAGAAGAAGCUGAACAAAGAGAUGGAGGAGAGACACCCGAGGAAGAAGAUGAUGAACAAAGUGGCGAAGAAGAGCAACAACCUGUGGCGCCACCAUAUCCAUAUCCUCCACCAGAGUACCCACCACCUCCACCACCUCAAUAUCCACCCCCACCACCCCCAGACGCACCACCACCGCCAGCACCAGCACCACCUCCACCUCCACCACCGCCACCUCCACCCCCAACUGAACCACCAGUACCACCAACCGAGCCACCUCCACCACCUCCGCCACCGCCUCCACCACCACCACCAUUUAAGAAGAAGGUCAAAAAAGGAAAAUCUAAGUAUGCUAAAACCUCAAAGUCAUUGAAGAAAAAGGCCAAGAAAUCAAAAAAGAGGUUAAGUCAGUUCAUUGGUCAGUAAUAAACCUUCUAUGUCAAGAACGUGAAGCAACGAACAGCAGGGGGUACUCAGAAGAGAAUUUUUUAUAACAGUCUCCAUUUAACGUCAUGGUUAAUUAUCUUUAAACUUUAAACGGAUUCAGUCCCGUGAAAUCAUAAUGUUUCAGAAAGUAAUAAUAAUAAGAAAUAAAAAUUAAAAAGGAAAUAAACUAAUCCAUAAACUAAUUUCUCUCAUUAGACAUUAUCGCUUCUUCUUUUUCUUCUUCUUUUUCUAGUUAAUUACAAUGGAUUCUUUUUUGUAUAAAAAAUAUUUCCUUCACAUUUAUAUUUUGUGCUAUAUCAAUAACAAUUAUUUUUGUAAGACUUCUCACGUUGUAUGGCUGUAGUCACGCUUAGCUGCAAAAGAAAUAUAUCAGCAGUAUAAUGUCGAGGAAUUGCCAUAUUCGUACUAAUUUUUGCGCGUUCUACUUUCCGCUUUUGCACGAAAUAUUUAUUCGCGCGAAAAGAAUGCAUCUUAGGUUGCCUGAAAUCCUGAAGUUCACUUUUUAUGUGAUUUGUUAAGUAAUUCUAACUUGCGCGCAAAAUGAUAAAAGCGAAAAUUGAUACGCGUGAAAUAAAUCUUUUUUCACUUCGCGAAAAUUAAUACACGCGGACAUAAAAUUAGUACAAAUAAGAUGCAUAAAUUGACAGACAGCACCUUAUUUUUGACAUUUGUACUCUAAUAUCUUCGAUUUUUUGUUAUUAACCUCAAUGCAAAAUAAGUAUAGCAUUUGUUUAUCAGCAAACUUGUAGAUUGCAGAGUGCCUUUGUGUCUUAACUUUUCUCGUCUUGACCACCGUAAAUAAGUCGCAAUUAUUUUCCUGAAAAUAGCAAAAACGCCGAUUAAAUGGUGAGGCAUUUUUCCCCCACAACCUUCAACAUCUUGCUACGGUCCAUGGUUAGUUAGAAUAAUCAGUAAAAAAUAUAUGAAUGUAAGAACAGUCUUAAACCAAAAGAUCUGUCAUUAGUUCAAACUUUUCAAGUGUAUCUGCUGCUAUCAUGUACCUCAGCAGUAAUGAAAUUAGUAAGACAGAAAUAGUGUAGAGAUUUUAGUCACUCAAGAUAAACUAACACACGCAACUAACAAUAAAAGAAGGAAAGCUAUUAAGCCCAAACAACUUUAUUAACACAUAAUCGAUUUAAAGAAGCAACGUUCUUCUUCUAGAUGAAAAUGAAAUUGAAGAGGAAGAAGAAGAACCUAAAAACUUACCUAAAAAGAAGUUAAAGAAAUCUUCCAAGAAGGGAACUGUGUUGACACACACAGUUAAUAAGAUCUCUCAAACUCCAAAUGCUCCUACCAUUCAACAUGCUAAAUCCCAUACUAAGUCAACCAGUCAUCUUAAGCAAGACGGAUCCAGAAAGAGCAUGUUGGCAAAAGCGAUUAAAUCUAACAAGAAGGGAACCGUGCUAACGCAUACGGUCAACAAAAUCUCUCAAACUCCAAACGCUCCUUCUGUUCAACAUGCUAAAUCUCAUACUAAAUCCACAAGCCAUUUAAAACAAAAUGAGUAAAUAUACGCAGUAAAUUGAUAGAUAGAAGUUUUUAGUUAAGUCUGGACAUUUUAUGUGUUUAAUAAAUUUACAUAUGAUUCAAUUUA